GAAUGGCUCCUCAUUCCAUCAUAAAAAAUUUGACACGUAGUGACGAAAAAGUUUGUGAUUUGUUCAUUUUCUUGUGAUUUGCCCUUCGUGAUCAAAUCAAACAUGAAUCCUGUAAAAGCCAAUGUUCUGAAACGCACACUCCUGAGACAAGUAAAGGCAAUAAAAAAUAAAUCAGCAGACAUGGCAGAUUUCUUCCAAAAUAUAAUGGUGAGUAGGACAUUGCUGAAAAGAACAUAUGCAACGGCAAUUAUGCUUGCAGUACUGCACGUUGUGCUGAAGGAUAAUGUUGCGGUGUAUUUGUUUGUAUUCGUUCUCAAGAGUUUUGCGCUUAACGAGGUGAUUGCGAUAAAAGAAGAAAAUCUGAGGAAAAGAUACCGCUUCAAAUACUUGUUGUGGUACUUUAUAACUGUGUCAGACCUGUUCUUCUCCAAAUCGAUUGCACGGCCGUUCUACCUAUUCUUGCAGUCGCUUGAUUUUCCAGUUACUCACGCGUUCUUAUGUUUUAGUCUGUAUAUUCUGGGCAUUGUGUAUUUCAUCCUAAAUUUACGGAGAGGUGUGUUGAGAAAGCAGUUCUUGCAGUUUUCUAUCACACACUUCGCAAUAAUGAUGAUCAAUUUUCCUGCCCACUGUGUCUUCAGAAAUAUAAAAAUCGGAAAAUUCUGGUUCCUGUAUCCUGUGGUGCUGGUAGCUACAAACGAUAUUUUCGCAUAUAUCACAGGCAAGCUCAUUGGCAGAACACAGUUGAUCAAGUUGAGCCCCAACAAAACGAGAGAAGGCCUCAUAGGCGGUUUUAUCUUCACGGUCAUUGUCGGGCUGCUCAGUAUUUACCUGAAACUGCGGUUCAAUGUCUAUGAUGGUGUAUACGAUGCCACAAUUCUUGCCAAAACAGUUACCAAAUUCAAGAUUCCUACGAUAUAUCUUCACUCCGUUGUUCUUAUUCUCUUUGCCUCAUUUGUUGCACCCUUUGGCGGUUUAUUGGCGAGCGCGUUCAAGCGAUUGUUCAAAAUGAAAGAUUUCGCCACAUACUUGCCGGGGCACGGCGGAAUAACAGACAGGAUUGAUUGUCAACUGCUGAUGGGCAUUUUUACGAGGUACUAUAUCAGUGCGUUUGUUUUAAAACGCAAAACCACGGUUGAUCAGCUCACCGAUACGAUUAUUUACAGCUAUAACACGGAUGAAAUGAGAAAAUUGGUGCUAAAUAUUGCAAGAUACAUGAUAGAGUAGGAUACAACGUGAUAAAUAGCAUCCGUAACUUGAGGAAAUAUAGUUUAUGAAGGCUAUUUUAUCGUGUUUGUGAUGUGCCCAAUGUCCAAAAGCAUAUUUGAUAAAUUUAACUAAAUUUGAUACUCAGGUUACUCUUGUAAUCUUCAGGGUUGUGCUGUGUGAGGGGUAAGUACGUCGGCCUGAGUACGCUGAUGUGUGUUAGGGAAUAAAAAUACUUUAGGUAAUUAUAAAAGGCACGGGAACAAAGCAUUAUGGUCUGUGUAAACACGGUUAUUUGAUCAUAUAUGAUGUCCAACAUGUUUUUUGUCGUUAGAUGCAGUAUCACAAAUGAACAUAACACGUGCUAACCUAAGAAUUAACCACGCUAAAACAUGCUUCAACUCCAGUAAACAAAGCUUUUUGCACGGUUAUUAAAACUUGUCUGCAUCGAAUAAUACGAAUGAGUUUUAUUCCAGGAAAAUCGAUCAAGAGGAACUGCCGAUGGUAUAAAUGAUAACAUUUCUAACAUGGACAUGUUCGAUUUGGUUCAAUGUACAUUGAGGAGCGUCUUUGAUCGACAACAAAUACAGACCUUUUGCGAUGCGUCUAUGGAUAAACCUCAAGUAAGUUAUUGUAGCAGCACGAUCCUCAUGGCGAGCAGCCGAUAAUUUAGAUUGGCAUUGAAGCAUUCUUUACAACCAAGCUGUUGCUCUCUUUCUUAUUUAUUUUCGGUUCUUCGUAUUUUACACACCGAGUUGGAAACAAGCAGCCGAUAAUUUAGAAUCAAUCGAAUGCCA